AUGGCAGAGCCGGCCCUUCUCCCUGCCGCCCCGAUGGAGGGGCUAGCCCUGAUGGCCCUGGCCGCUCCGUGCCCUCGGAUCCCACGCGCCCGCAUCGCCAGGCGCUGUGCCCAGCACUGGGUGGACCUGGGCUGCAGCUCCAGCCCCGGCCCUGCCAGCAGGCAGCAGCCCCCGCAGUGCGCAGAGAGCUUGCCCAUGGACAGCUUCUGGAAGGAGGUGGAGCGGAUUCGGCAGAGACAUGAGCCAGGAGAGGAGAGCCCAGCAGGCAGCGGGGGUGAAGCUCGUCUCCUGGAGGAGGGAGAGGCCGAAUCCCAGUGGCUGCGUGACACUGGCCUGUCGGGCCUCCUCGGUGGCCAAAGCAUGGAGGGUGACCACCAGGAACUCUUGUCGACCCUGACCCAAACCCAGGUGGCCGCUGUGCGACGCCGACUGGAUAUCUACGCCCGCUCUGCCCGUAGGCGACACAAGGCCCCCGUCAGAGAUGUCAGGGACAUCUUCGGGGCCUUUGACUCAAGGCAGGACCCUCCGGAGAGUGCCACCUCCUGUCUGAAGGGGCCCCGACUCAAUUCCCAGCCUCCCACGUCUCCCCCAGCUGCAGCAGAGCCCGAGGACCCCCACGCGCAGGGCCCAGCCGGGAGCCAGGAAGCAUUCUGCACGGACUUGGCCUACUCGGAGCAGGCCGCUCGGCUGCUGCACAGGGGCCGCUGGGCCCCUGCUGGCCUCUGUGCCUGGGGCCGGGGCUCCCUGCCGGAGUUUCGGGUCCCCAAAGGCCGGCUGGGCUUGACGAGGAUCGGAGACUUGUGCUCGCAGGAUAUGCAGAAGGUCCCUGCACUGGCGCUCAUUGAGCUCACGGCCCUCUGUGACGUCCUGGGCUUGGAUUUGAAGAGGAACAAGGCCACCAAGCGCAAGACCACAGAAACAGGCCUCUUUGGGGUGCCCCUCGACAACCUGCUGCAGGCCGACCGCAGGGCCCUGCCCAGCACCCAGGUGCCUCUGCUGCUCCAGGCCCUGCUGUCCUGUCUGGAGGAGAGAGGGCUGGACGUGGAGGGCAUCCUCAGGGUGCCCGGCUCCCAGGCCAGGGUCAAGGGGCUGGAACAGAGGCUGGAGCGAGAGUUCUACUCCGGCCUUUUCUGCUGGGACCAGGUUCAUCUCAAUGACAUGUCGGAUUUGCUGAAAAGGUUCAUCCGGGAGCUGCCGGCGCCUCUGCUCACUGCCGAGUACCUGCCGGCCUUCGCCGUGGUGUCCAACAUCCCCCACCUGAAACAGCGCCUGCAAGCUCUCCACCUGCUCAUCCUCAUCCUCCCUGAACCCAACAGAAAUGCCCUGAAGGCGCUCCUGGAAUUCCUCAGAAAGGUGGUGGCCCAUGAGAAGAGCAACAAGAUGUCACUGUGGAACGUCUCCACGGUGAUGGCCCCCAGCCUCUUCUUGCACCAGGGCCGGACCCCCAAGCUCCCCAAGGGCAACGAGAAGCAACUGGCAGAAGGGGCAGCCGAGGUAGUGCAGAUGAUGAUACACUACCAGGACCUGCUCUGGACGGUCGCCUCUUUCCUAGUGGCCCAGGUCCGAAAAUUGAACGACAGCAGCAGCCGGCGCCCCCAGCUCUGCGACGGGGGUCUCAAGACCUGGCUGCGAAGGCUGCACGCGGACCGGGACCAGACAGGGAACGACCUGGACCCCGAAGCGAUUCCCAAAGUGGCAAAGGUCCGGGUGGCCUGGCCCAGCAACGACCUCCUCACGGUACCCCUGACCCCCAGUAUCAGAGUAGCCCACGUGCUCAAGCAGUUCGCAGAGGAAACUCCUCCGAAGCCCCGGGGUCCAAAAAGGAGCAAGGACGUGGCCUGCCCCCUGCCACGCUGCCCACCCUCGAAGCCAGGCUGCGCACUGCUCUAUGAAGUCGGAGGGAACAUCGGGGAGCGUCGCCUGGACCCAGAUGCCUUCCUCUUAGAUCUGUACCGCACCAACCCCCACGGCCAGUGGGUCAUUAGGCAGAGCCCCACCUAA